UACCAUCUAUUCUACAAGAUGAGUAAUAGCCACCCUCUUCGCCCCUUUACUGCAGUGGGGGAAAUUGAUCAUGUGCACAUUUUGUCUGAACAUAUCGGUGCCUUGUUGAUUGGGGAAGAAUAUGGCGAUGUCACGUUUGUUGUGGAAAAGAAACGUUUUCCAGCCCACAGGGUAAUUUUAGCAGCCAGGUGCCAGUAUUUUCGAGCAUUACUGUAUGGUGGCAUGCGAGAGUCUCAGCCUGAAGCCGAAAUUCCCCUCCAGGACACCACUGCAGAAGCAUUCACAAUGCUGCUGAAAUACAUCUACACUGGGCGAGCCACGCUGACAGAUGAGAAGGAGGAGGUGCUGCUUGAUUUUUUGAGCCUGGCUCAUAAAUAUGGAUUUCCAGAGCUGGAAGAUUCUACCUCUGAGUAUCUGUGCACCAUACUUAACAUUCAGAAUGUCUGUAUGACCUUUGAUGUUGCCAGUCUCUACUCGCUUCCCAAGUUAACGUGUAUGUGCUGCAUGUUCAUGGACAGGAAUGCUCAGGAGGUGCUCUCCAGCGAAGGCUUCCUCUCCCUUUCUAAGACGGCACUUCUAAACAUCGUAUUACGAGAUUCAUUUGCAGCUCCUGAGAAAGACAUUUUCCUAGCCUUGUUAAACUGGUGUAAGCACAAUUCAAAGGAGAAUCACGCUGAAAUCAUGCAGGCUGUGCGUUUACCUCUGAUGAGUCUCACUGAGCUCCUGAAUGUCGUGAGGCCUUCCGGACUGCUGUCUCCUGAUGCCAUUCUGGAUGCUAUUAAAGUCCGAUCAGAGAGCCGGGAUAUGGACCUCAAUUAUAGAGGGAUGCUCAUACCGGAAGAAAACAUUGCAACCAUGAAAUAUGGAGCCCAGGUAGUAAAAGGGGAGCUGAAGUCUGCCUUAUUAGAUGGCGAUACUCAAAAUUAUGAUUUGGAUCAUGGAUUUUCUAGGCACCCAAUUGAUGAUGACUGCCGUUCUGGCAUCGAGAUUAAGUUAGGUCAGCCUUCCAUUAUCAACCACAUACGGAUUCUCCUGUGGGAUCGUGAUAGCCGGUCUUAUUCAUACUUCAUUGAAGUGUCCAUGGAUGAACUUGAUUGGAUCAGAGUGAUUGAUCAUUCACAGUAUUUGUGUCGUUCUUGGCAGAAGUUGUAUUUUCCAGCCCGUGUCUGCAGGUAUAUCCGAAUAGUUGGGACUCACAACACAGUGAACAAGAUUUUUCACAUUGUGGCUUUUGAAUGUAUGUUUACAAACAAAACCUUCACUCUCGAGAAGGGACUAAUAGUGCCCAUGGAGAAUGUUGCAACAAUUGCUGAUUGUGCCAGUGUGAUUGAAGGUGUCAGUCGGAGCAGAAAUGCCCUGCUGAAUGGAGAUACCAAAAAUUAUGACUGGGAUUCAGGCUACACGUGUCAUCAGCUGGGGAGUGGUGCAAUCAUGGUUCAGCUGGCACAGCCGUACAUGAUUGGGUCAAUACGGUUAUUACUUUGGGACUGUGAUGAUCGAAGCUAUAGCUACUACGUUGAGGUUUCUACCAACCAGCAACAGUGGACCAUGGUGGCUGACAGAACCAAAGUCUCCUGCAAAUCCUGGCAGUCGGUAACUUUCGAAAGACAGCCUGCUUCCUUCAUCCGAAUUGUUGGAACACACAACACAGCAAAUGAGGUGUUUCACUGUGUGCACUUUGAGUGCCCAGAGCAGCAGAGCAGCCAGAAGGAAGAGAGUGGCGAGGACCAGGGGACCGGAGACACCAGCCUGGCAGGUCAGCAGCUCAACCCCCACGGUCCCCACGCCCUGCAGCAGGCCCCCAGCCCAGGCUCCACCUCACGCUCCCCACAUCGGCAGCCCCAGUAAAGGGAGGCUGCAGGUGUAGAAUGACUUGG